AUGGCGCUGCUCAUUGCGCCCACGAACCUCGGCCGCCCCGUCCGCCUGCUGGCAUUUGUACUGAUCGUCGCUGUCCUGGGUCUACUGACAUGGGGUCGCUAUGACCCGCGUAUCGGCUUUGGGGGGUUCACUCGUGUGCGUGCUGAUAUCCUUGGAUUCAUUGAUCCACUGAUCGGGACCCUCAACGGAGGCCAUGUGUUCCCCGGCGCGACGUUGCCGUACGGUAUGGCCAAGGCCGGCCCCGACACUGACAAUCGAGGGGAGAACGCCGCGGGCUGGGUGUCUGACGACUCAGCCAUCACGGGUUUCUCUCAUCUUCACGAUUCAGGAACCGGAGGUGCCCCCUCGCUGGGAAACUUCCCCCUGUUCGCACACCCUUGGUGCCCAAACGACGACCCCAAGAGAUGCACGUUCACGACGCUGGAACGGAAGACGCUGCGCGCGCCGAGUUCGGUCGAGGCACGUGUCGGCUUCUUCGCCUUGAACCUGACGACCGGCGUGCGCGCCGAGAUGACGGCGUCAGCGCAGGCGACGCUCUUCCGCUUCACCUUUCCCGAGGGUGCCAAGCCCCUGAUUCUCCUCGACGUCGAGGACAUUGCGAGCAGCCGCAGUGACGGCGGCAUCAAGGUCGAUCGCUCGUCGGGCCGCAUGACGGGCCACGGCACCUUCGCCCCCUCCUUUGGCACGGGCACCUACAAGGCCUUUUUCUGCGCCGAUUUCGCCGGCUCCCACGUGCGCGCUGCCGGUGUCUUCGCCGGGUCCGAAGCCACGCCGGGCCUGCACGAGUGGGACGCGCUGCCGUGGGGAUCGGCCGGCGCCUGGCUGCACUUUGACGAGACGGGGCCGGACGGCAUCUUCGCGCGCGUCGGCGUGUCCUUCAUCUCGUCGGCGCAGGCGUGCCACAACGCCGAGGAGGAGAUCCCCGAGGUCGAUCUCGACACGGUCGAAGCCGAGGCGCGUGCGGUGUGGGCCGACAAGCUGUCCUCCGUCUCGGUCGACGCCGUGGGCGUCAGCACCGAGCUGCAGACCGUCUUCUGGUCGGGCCUCUACCGGUCGAUGCUGUCGCCGCAAAACUACACGGGCGAGAACCCGCUGUGGCAGUCGUCCGAGCCCUACUUUGACUCGUUCUACUGCAUCUGGGACUCGUUCCCGCGCGCAGCACCCGCUGCUGACCAUUCUCGAUCCCGGCAAGCUGCCGGACUGCCGCAUGUCCUUUUGCAGGGGGAUCAAGCCAGGGCGGGCAGCAAUGCUGACGUCGUUGUCGUGGAUGCCUUGUUGAAGGGCAUCACGGAUGGAAUCGACUGGGAGACGGCGUAUGAAGCUAUCGUCUCUGAUGCCGAGAUCUCGCCACCCUCGUUCAACGUUGGAGGCAGAGGCAACAUCGAGUCGUGGCAGCAGCUGCACUAUAUCGCCUCGGACCACCGCGACGCCAACUCAACCGGCCCUCACUCGCGUACCGUCUCGCGAACAGUCGAGUAUGCGUUCAACGACUUUUGCAUCGCCACCAUGGCCCGCUGGCGGGGCCACACGGGCGACUUUGCCAAGUACGCGCAGCGCAGCACCUACUGGCAGAACCUCUGGAACCCGGCACAGAUAGACCUGCCGCCGGCGCCGCCGCCCGACCUGAGCGGCACGUCCCCGAGCCAGGACCCCACGGCCGCAUCCAAAUUCGUCGGCUUCCUCCAGCCGCGCCUCGCCAACGGGACGUUCCUCUACCAGAGCCCGCGCGUGUGCUCGCCCACGUCGGAGCCUCACCUCUGCUACUAUGACACGAAGGAGUCGACGUACGAGGGCUCGCCGUGGCUCUACACGUUCUACGCGCCGCACGACAUGGCGACGCUGGCGGGCCUCAUGGGCGGCGCGCGGCGCUCCCUCCGGCGCCGGCUCGAUUCCCCCACGCGGCGCGGGCCGGGGCUCAGCGCCAAGUGGGCGCGGGCGUACGUGCCGGCGCACCUCAACGGCACGAUGGCGGGGAUCCCGGGCAACGACGACGGCGCCAUGGGCGCGUUCGCGGCGUUUGUCAUGAUGGGCUUCUUCCCCGUCGCCGGCAUGGACGUGUACCUUCUCACGGCGCCCUUCUUCCGUGAGGUCAGGCUGCGGGCGAGGAAGCCGGGCCGAGAGGCUGUCAUUCGAAAGGUGGCGGCGCGGGGCGAGGAUCCCAUGGCCGAGGGCAUGCUAUAUGUGCAGAGCGUCAAGCUCAAUGGGCGCAAGUGGACGAAGAGCUGGAUCACGCACGACUUCUUCGCCGAGGGCGGCUUGCUCGAGGUCAAGGUCGGCAAAGAGGAAAGUGCAUGGGGAACAAACGAGGAAGACCUACCGCCGAGCUGGGGCUUUGAGGAGUUCAAGGGGGGAGAGGGUCAGGCCCAGAAUGCUGAGCCAUCACAUUCGGUGGGAGAGCACAUGGGUUGA